CGUACACCAGAAGAAAAACAAAAGCCAUGGCCUGUACAAUGGAGAGGAGCAAAAUACAAGUGAUAUAUGAUGCCUGUAACGCUGUAUUUUCUCAGAAAGAGCUUCCAACUUUCCAACAAAUUCAAUGGCUGAGAAAUCUCCUAGAGUACUGGAUGCAGACAAAACGAAAGCCAUAGAUCUGGGAAUCGAUGAAUUUGGCUUCUGUGGAUCAUCUCCGUCAUCAAGCCCAACAAGUGUCGAGGGAUUGAUUCGUGGGCAAGACGUCAGUGACAUCACUUACAUUCAUAUUCAUGAAUGCGACAAUUUCUCUAUAGGCGUGUUUUGCUUCCCAGCAGGCGGGGUCUUUCCUCUUCACGAUCACCCUCGGAUGACAGUCUUAAGCAAACUCCUCUACGGUUCUGUUCAUGUCAAAGCUUACGAUUGGGUGAAAGUCGUGAAUUCCGGCUGCCAAACAUAUGGGUUGGCGGGCAGUGUUGUAGAUGGGAUAUUGAAGGCGCCAUGUGAAGCUUCUGUCCUCUUUCCAAGAAGUGGCGGCAACAUCCAUUCUUUCACUGCGUUGACUCCUUGUGCUGUCUUGGACGUGUUGUCUCCGCCAUACUCUGAAGAGCUUGGAAGGCCUUCCACUUAUUUCUCAGACUUCCCUGUCCCUUUUCUUUCAGGCUAUGCUGUGCUGAAGGAAAAGCGUCUCCCAGAUGAUCUCGUUGUUAUUGGAGCACCUUACCUUGGGCCUCCAAUUGUUACCCAAAAUGACCUUUCUUGAGUUGGUUCUAUGACUAUGACUGUAUAGCUGCUCUAGUUUUUUUAACGGUAUAUAUUUAAUUUUAAGUUUUUUUUUUUUAAUAAAAAAAAUG